AUGGGUGUGGUAUUUCUGGAACAUCUCGGCGGACAGAUGACAUAUCGAUGUGACACCUGUAACACAUACCUGACGCAUCGAGGAAAUCUAGUCAGUACUCGUUUCACAAGUGCUAGCGGACCUGCCUGGCUGUUCAGCGAAGUAGCGAAUAUCCAUUACGAUAAUGCAGUUUCCCGAAAUAUGGUGACUGGCCGCCAUAUUGUAAGAAAUAUUUACUGUAAUGGCUGCUCAUCUAGGCUUGGAUGGUUUUACGAAAUGACCUUUGCGAAUGGUCAAGAGUAUAAGGAAGGUUGUAAGAUUUUGGAGGUUGUCCUUAUACGAGAAGAAGCAGAUGACAUGACUGAUACUUCUUUUGGCAUGCAUAUGUCAUUAAGUGGAUAA